UCGAGUCCUCCAUCUGUAUGGACCACCAACAUCCUCCAAUUCCGAUAGCUAACUAUCUACCUACCAGGCCCAGCAACACCACGACAAGGAUGGCUAGAAAUAUCUCCCCCCCAACUUUCCACCCCCCUCGCCAAUGGCCGGAAAAUUCAUGGCAUGGGAUGGGACCAUACCACCGAUGGUCCAACAAGAGGACCGCCCCUUCCGAGAAAAAUGGUUCUUUUUCUACGGACCCAUGACAGGGCCAGCUGUCCUGAAGCAGCUGCUCAACCGCUCGCAAAUGUCUGCGCUUCCCCACGCCAUGAUCUUCGGCCACAAGAUAUUACAUUGGGGCGACUUACCGGUGGCUAUUCAAAUGGGGGCGGAGAAUGCUGUUGGUGGGGUCGUCUGCAAGAUUGUAUCGCAGGAUGAACUCGACUGGCUGGAAGGUUAUAUGACUAGAAUCUUCCAAGUCGAUGGCUGUAUGGCGUGGCUGGAUAAUCACUCGCAGGUUUCGGGGUUUGUGUUUGUUUGGGAUGGUGAGAUGUCGCUUCUGAGCGAAAGUCCCCAGAUUUUCUGAUUGUGUUCGGUCAUAAGGACUUUAGGGCUUCGUGACCGGAACUAUGUAUUUAUAUUCCAGUAUUCUGUAAACAUACUAUGGUCUAACC